AUGCCAGAGAUCUCACGUGACCCAAUGUUGGUAAGGUCUCUAGAGGUCUCUGACAUUGAACCUCUGGGUUGUUUUGGGAACAUCUCAGUCACAAAACCCCAACAUUUUAAUGGCUCUUGGUGCUCUUUGAAGAAGAUAAAUUUUGUAUCCAUUUACCAAGUAGAGGAAAUGCUGCAGGUAACAAACCGAAAGUAUCCAAAACUGAAAGAAGUGGAUGAUGUGCUUGGUGGAGCAGCUGCCUGGGAGAACGUGGACUCUACUGCAGAGCCAUGUCCCAAAUGUGAACAUCCGCGUGCCUAUUUCAUGCAGCUUCAGACCCGUUCUGCAGAUGAGCCAAUGACCACCUUCUACAAGUGCUGCAAUGCUCAGUGUGGACAUCGCUGGAGAGACUAGGGGCAGGGCUUCCCAGCUGCAGCCCUGACUUUGUGUGCUGAAGGUCUUUGCUGUGUGAUAGGAAGCUAACUCUUCUGUGGUGGAGGACGAGGGUGAAACAGGUCCUCUGCAGGUCAGCAGAUAAAAACCUUAAUGCACAGGGGCCUCGGGUCCUUGGGAAAUACACAUGGUUUUGUUCCUUUA